CCAAAAUAAAUUGUACAAAAACACAAAAUGAAAUCAAUCUGGUUCCUGCUUUUGUUCACUGUCGUGUCGGCGACGAAACCCGUAGUUAGGAAGGAUGUGGUGCCCGUCCUUACGUUGGACCCUAGGAAGAGGAUUAUGGCCACUAACAGUACUAAGACCAAUUUGAAGUACCUGCCCUUCAUAGCUCUAAUAGACAAAGAGCACGACACGAGCGAAUACUGGCGUGCCACUGAGCUGCUCUCCCUCAUACGGAGUCGGGAAGAGCUCGUGGACUAUUCGCGGUGCAAAGUCCCCACCCCUAUUGACCCUGUGAGGUUUAACACCGCAAGGAACGUGCAUGCUCUGUGCAGGGAUAGUAUUGAUUUCCAGCUGUGUCCGCAAUGCGCCCAUUUCAGCAACACUUCGGAAUGCGAACUGUUCCGGGAUUCCUGCAAGGAGAAAAGAGUGUCAAAAUCGGAAUACGCCACAUACUGCGAUCGCAAGUACGGCAAAUGGCGGACCAUCUUCAUACCAGCCGACUACUCACAGUGCAGAUGUUGUGACGAGUGCGUCUUCUAUCGAGAAUUAGACGAGUCCUGUGUACAUGACGAAUUCGACUUCGAUUCGGAGGAGUUUCUACCAGUAAGCUCAAUUGAUUUCAGAGCUGGCUGCAAUCCAUACUUGGGGCAUCCCGAGCAGGAGUCUCGGGCCCUUCGAUGUGACAAGACUCUUCGCAGAUGUGUACCGAUGACUGUUCCAACUCUACCAAAAAGUGCAUUUGGUGUAAGUCACCGAAGCUUCCGCUACGAGCCUGUGGACGCCGACUGCCCCUCGUGCCGCGGUUACAUCUGCCCCCCUACCAUGAAACACGAGCCAGACUGUCACCCGGGCGCCUUCGUGCCCGACAGGGGGCAGUGCAACUGUUGCGGCCACUGCAGCUCCUACUUCCAAUUAAACCAAAAAUGUGCUGAAUUCAAGGAGUCCGUUGAAAAUGGUAGCAGCGAAAUUGAGGUAGAAGAAGAACUCUUAGAGCCUGGCUGUGACGACGGCCUGGUCUGCCGACAGGGGUUCUGCCAGGACAUCCACGCGGUGCAUGUUUCUGCUCAUAGUCGGAAGAGGAGUAGUCAGGAGCCAGAUGAGCCUUACGAGCCCUGCAAGCGGGAAAUGAAGUUAUUCAAGAAGAAGUACGGACAAGACGGGCAUUUGCACUACGAAGCUCCUCAAUGCACGCCUCUCUGGCUCUAUGCACCUGUCCAGUGCCGUCGCUUCCUGUGUUACUGCGCCAUGGAGGACGGAACGCCCAUCGAAGGCGUCAAGGUACCCAGGGUCGAGGUCUCCAACAUGAACUGUGAUUGCGCUCGAGAAAAAUGUAGUUUAGAGACAGACGUGCAGUGCGACGGCUUCGGAAACUACAAGGAAGCCAUGUUUACUCCACACGUUGAUGAGUGGAGCGAAGCCGAAUAUGAAGACAAUGACGACAACUUACCUGAAUGAUGUUGCGGUCGAUAUGAAACUUGUAAAUGUAAGUAAUGGAAACUACGAGCGAGUUUAAUUGUGCCAUACAAAUUUUAAACUGUUGUAUACAUGAAUAUUUUAUUUAAACGUUUAUUAAAUUU